AUGACACAAACUGAAAAAAACCACUGCAUAGUACCAGAAGCAAAGGGAGCAAGUGAAGUGCUUAGUAUAUUACAGAAAGGGGAACUAUUACAUUUAAAGCCAACUGUUAGAAUACUUCACCAAAAUGUUCAAUACAUAAACAAUAAAACAGAGGAACUAGAGGUAAUAUUACAGGAGUAUAUGCCAAACAUUCUAGUAGUUACAGAACAUGGGCUAAAAGAAAAUCACAUAGGAAUGUACAACUUGAAGAAUUAUGUGAAAGUAGCCAGUUUUUGCAGAACUUCCUAUAAAGGUGGUGGGGUUGCCAUUUUUUCUAACUACAAAUCAACUAAAGCCAUAAAUAUAACAAAAUAUGCAAUAGAAUUGAGCUUUGAAGCUACAGCACUGGAAACUAAAAUUGCUGGGAAUUUAUGUUGUGUAUUAGGUUUGUAUCGAUCACCAAAUGGUAUAAUUAAAACCUUCUUUGAACAGCUGGAAGAUAUAAUCCAACACCUCUCAAAAACAUAUGCUUAUUUGAUCAUUAUAGGAGAUCUGAACAUAGACAUGAGUAAAAAUACAGACAAUACUAAGACCCUACUGGACUUAUUGUGCAUAUACAAUCUAAAAAUAAAAAUAGAUAAACCAACCAGAGUAACAAAGCAUAGUGGAACUAUUAUUGAUCAUGUAAUAACAAAUAUUCCUACAUGCUAUUGUGACACACAGGUAAUAAACUCCACAUUAGCAGACCAUUUUGCAAUCAUGAUAGACAUAAAUAUAAAGACUAGUGAUUCAGUGCAGAAGAUAUGGGAGAUGAGAAGACAGAACUACCCACAUAACAUAAAUCUGCUAAAAAAGAUGUUAGAGGCAGAAAACUGGGAAACAAUAUAUGCAGCUAAAGAUGCAAACACCAAAUGGAACCAGUUUUAUUCUUUAUUCAAUUAUUAUUAUGAUGUUACAUGUCCUGUUAGUAAAAGGCUUGUCAAACAGCAACAAAAAAAGAAAAGCUGGGUGACUGGAGAAGUAAUCCAUGCCACAAAUAAUCUGAGAGUGUAUUAUGACCUCUCCAAACAAAAAAAUAAUGAGGCCUACAACACACUGUAUAAAAUAAAAAAGAAAGAGUACUGUAGUUUUAUCAGAAAAACUAAAGCAUCAUUCAUCAGGAUGUCUAUAGAUAAGGGAAAGAACUACUCAAAAGGUUUAUGGUCGUUCAUUAAUGGAGAGAGAGGAAAAGUAACAAAUCGGGCAGAGGACAUUUGUCCACUGAUGAGUGGGAAAAGCAACGCAAACCCUCUAGAAGUAGCCAAUACUUUUAACAGAUAUUAUAUUACUGUAGCAGACGAAUUAAUAAGUCAAAAUAAAACAAAUGCAGUAAGUAAAUUGUUAAACCCCCCACAUACAAAUCAUACUAUGGUUUUCAUACCUACAACAGAUGCAGAAGUGUCAAACCUAAUAAAACAACUUAAAAUUAAACAUUCUUCUUGCUUGGAUGGUGUCACAUCACAUCUCAUAAAUGAAUGCAGAGAAUGUAUAUUAAAACCAUUGACACACUUGCUGAAUGCUGCGAUAGAAGAAGGUAUAUUUCCAGAUUCACUGAAAGUAAGUAAAGUGAAGCCAAUAUUUAAGAAAGGGAACAGGGAUGAAUUAGGAAAUUACAGGCCAAUAUCAUUGAUCUCAACAUUUGCUAAAAUCUAUGAAAUUAUAAUAAAGAAUAGAAUUGUAAGGGCCAUUGAUAUCCCUCAAAGUUUCCAGGGGUCAGCAACAGCAUUUCAUGAUGACAUAGCAGUACUGACAGUGGACUUCCCAUUUCAGCUUACAGAAAUGAUUAGUCCUGUGUGUGUGGACUGGGAUGAUGUUUACUAUGUUGGACCAGGUGAUAAAGGACAUGUUGCAGGCUGGGGUGUGACAGAAACAGGAGAACCAAGUGAAGAACUGCUUUAUGCAGAAUUUCAUGUAACUGAGUCUAAUGAAUGUUUCAAGACAAUUAAACCAAACAUCCAUAUCUUCUUUGGAAGUGAUAAGAUCUGUGCUGGAUACAGUAAUGGGACAACUGCAUGUAGUGGAGACACUGGUGGAGGGCUCACCUUCGUACAUGAACUCAAUCCCUUAUCGCCUUCAAGCAAGCUUUAUUUUGUGCAGGGAAUUGUUAGUAUGAUUGGAGGUCACAGUCGACCUGGUGCUUGUAACCUAGAAGACUAUGUUGCAUUUACAAAAGUAUCAGAAUUUAGAAGUUUUCUUAACAAAUACAGAGAGUAAUAAACUAUUAGAUAUUCAGUUUUAUUUGUAAAGACUAUUUUUUCUUUAUGCUGUUAAGGGAAUUGUCAAAA